ACCCAUCAGCAUUCACCACCAGAAAAUCUCAAAAUUGAAAAGGAAGUGAUAUUUGCACUACCCAACAGAAGUCUCAGCUUCAACUCUCUACUAGCAAAGUAGCAAACUAGCAAGCAAUAAUGGCAAGGAAAAAUUGUGAUGUUGGUCACAGAGCAUGGAAUAUCCUGCGUCUAGCAUUGUUAUGGGCAAGAAAAGGUGGCGUUUUCAAGAGACGUUUGAUGGUGGAACUACGUGUUCUACCUAAGUUUCUUAAAAGCCUCGGCCACAGUACUACAACUCCUCGCACCCAAUUCCAUUAUGGAGAACGCCAGCUUUCCUUUGACAAGACCCCUAUUUUUCACGUCAAGAUGCACCGCCCGGCCUCCAUGCGAUUCAACAUUCCUUGCAUUACCCCGCAAGUCGACUUCGAUUAUGAUUUCGAUGAAGAUCAAGAAGGAGGGUAUGAGUAUGACUAUGAAGGGAGGAAGAGUUUCUUGAAAGGUGGAGAGGAGGAGGAAUACGAAGAGGAAAGCAUUCCCGAGGAGGAGAAAGAGAUUGAUUUGAGAGCUGAGGAGUUCAUAGCUAAGUUCUAUGAGCAAAUGAAGCUUCAAAGACAAAUCUCUUAUCUUCAGUACAGUUAGAUGCUAAAUAGUUUAUCAUUUCAUGCGUCCUGAGAAUUUUUGCAGAUUCUUGAUCAUUUCAUUUCUAUGUAAAAAGAUGAGGCAUUUGCGGCAAUUUGUAAGUACCGGAAGGCUUCCGUUGAGUUUAAUAAAAUUUUUGCCAUUUUACCUUGUUA